AUGGAUAAUAGCCCGCAGAAGAAAUUAAGAGGAUCCAUUUUAGAUAAGGUCAAUAAUAGGACGUCCAUCACAUGUUCUAAUGUUCCUGACUGCUUAUUCGAAGCCAAGACUGCUGAGAAGCAUUUCUGUAAGUUUGGCCGUGUACAGAGGAUUAGACUGCUGCCCAAGAAGCAUAUGUGUGUUAUAGAAUAUGACCACCCUGGGGCUGCAGAGAGGGCUGUCCUGAAUGCUGGUGCUUUUGACGGUUUUAUGUUCGAUGUCACUCGAUCAAAGCCUAGAGUGAGGCGGAAAAGUUCAAAAGACGAAGACCCUGAUUGGGUUCCGGAUCCUGAAGUGGAACAGGAAUUAAAUGCUAUGAGUGGUAUAGAGACUUACAAAGUUCCCAGGAAGAAAUUACCAGGUAUAGCAUCUGGUGUAGUCAUAUCAAAGGCCAGAGCAAUGGCACCACCAAUGAAGAAGAAAAUUCCAAUAACACCGAAACGCACUAAACCUAUCGUAAUGAAUCAACCAGCAUAUACUGAAGCUCCGAUAGUUGUAACGGCCACCACACUCAGUAAUCGUGAAGCUGCCAUGGAAUUAGACAAGCUAAGAUCCAGAGUUUCCCUCACUCCUGAUGAGAAAUGGAGGACGUUGGAUGCUAGAGAUAGGAUUUUAAGAGCUUGGGGCGGUGCUGGUUCAAGAGUAAAGGUUGGUGGAGCGACUAUUGGAACAUGUCCUGAUAUGUGUCCAGAGAAAGAAUUGUUACAUCGACAGUCUGAACAUCAGGUAAUGACAUUAGAGACCAUUCCUGGUUCAGAUGGUCUAUUGGAACCCUGGCGCGCGGUUAAACAAUACAGCCGUAGUUCAGCGGACCAAGAGAUACCUAUGUGUUAUGAACUUAGGCCGGCUCAGGUUCUCAUGAGAACUUGCUCAUAUUUGUUACAUGAAAUCGCUGACACUAAUAGACAGGUGACCCUGGCUGACUGGUUUCACUUCAUGUGGGAUAGAUUUCGUGGAAUUCGUAAGGAUAUCACACAGCAAGCUUUGUGUUGCGCUGAAUCAAUCAAAAUGGUGGAGAUCUGCGCUCGUUUCCACGCACACUGUGCGGCUCGACUAGCUGACUUAGAACAUACUCAGUUUGAUCAGAAGUUGAACACGGACAAUCUGACUAAAUGUCUGCAAACAUUAAAACAUAUGUAUGCAGAUGUUAGCCCUGAAUAUAAACCUAAUGAGGCUGAAUUUAGAGGAUAUAUUGCUUUGUUGAAUCUCGGUGAUGCUAACUUUUGGUGGGAGAUAAAACAACUACCAUAUGAGAUCCAGAAAUCUGAAUCAAUAACUUUCGCUUUACAAAUAUACGCUGCUCUUGAUAAUAAUAAUUAUGUGAGAUUCUUCCGCCUCAUCCAAGAGAAAGCGACAUACCUUCAAGCGUGUAUUCUAUUGAGAUAUUUCAAUGACGUCAGAGCUAGGGCCUUAGCCAGAAUAGUAAAAGCGUAUGCACCUAGAGGCGGGGCUCGUUACCCAGCGGAAGAUAUGCUGAAUAUUCUAGCUUUCGAAUCCAUAGAGAGCAUGAAGUCAUUCAUAAAUCACUAUGGCCUGCGAUUCGCGAAAAAUGAUGAAGAAUUAACAAUAAUUCUGAACAGAAAUCAAUUCAUUGAAGACAGUGACCCAUAUCCGUUAUCAAGAGCCAUAAAUCUCAUAGAAUCGAAGAGGCAAAAUACAGUCGGUGAGAUUAUAUCUGGCGGUCAAAUGCCUAGAUAUGAUUUUGAAAACGUACCUCUUUACACGAGCUUCAGUAUUGAUGGCAGAUUGAAAGAAGUUUCUUUAUUAGCUGAAGAUUUAGGUUAUAAUACCAUAAACGAUAGCGAAAAAGAUGUCCAGGCCUUAAAACUAGAGAUGCAAAAACUUUCGCAGGAAGGCAGAAUACUUGGUGUGUCACAGAAGAUUGAGCCAAGGAAGACUUUAUUUGUUAAACAAGAAGACAGUCCUAGACGAGAAACCGUAUUUGCUAAACCUGCCGUUGAGAUUAAUUCAAAUAUUAAUAAAUUUUCCUUCCAACCACCUAUUCCGGUAGCACCAACAGAAGUAAUAACCAACUCACCGGAAAAAGUGUUGGAUAGUCCGAAAAACAUAUUCACUUUCUCCAAGCCUCAGAAGAUUGAAACAAAUGUGUACCAAUCUAAGUUAUCUUCGAAUUUGUUUUCACGUCAGGAUAACGAUAAAUAUAACGCAGAUUUAUCGAAGCCGAACAUAUUCGCGUCAGCAAACAAUAGCAAGAAUGUCUUUGAAGUUGCUAAAAGUGCAUUUAAACCUUCUGAAUCUAGUGAUGUUUUUAAGAAACCAGUUAGUAAUUCUAUGUUUGGACAACAAAUAAACAAGAACGAAGCCACGAGUGGCAAUAUAUUUACAAAAAGCACAUUAUUUUCACAAACAGAUCCAAAGAAUAUAUUCUCAACCGGUAGACCAAAUGUAUUUGGUAAGACGCAAGAAAGCAAUGAUAAAAAUGUUAAUAUCUUUUCUAAGCCAAUGCAAGAUAAACCCAGUAAUCUGGGACAAGUUUCGAGCAUUUUUGGCUCAAGCAGCAAUGAGACUACAGCAAAAUCUACUUUUAAAUUAGGAAAUAACAAUACGAAUCCAGUUCCUUAUUCUAAUGGCGAUCCAUCAACAGCGACGUCCCCAGGAAGUUUAUUCAAAAGUGCCAACCAACCAUCAUUUCCAAGCAACAAAUUUACAAUAUUUCAAAGUAAAAACAAAGCUCAGACAGUUGCUGAUAAUAUAUUCAAUUCAGUUAAAGCACCACAGACCGAUGUUUACGAUUUCGAUCCCAAUCAAGAUAACACUGAGAAACACGAGCAAGAUAUUGAACAAAAGAUGAGAGAAGAGGAAAUUAAGAGGCAGGAAGAAAUAAAAAGGCAAGAAGAAAUAAAGCGAUUAGAAGCUGAAAAACUAAGAAAGGAAGAAGAACGAAAGAGGGAAGAACAAAGAAGAAUAGAAGAAGCGAAGAAAUUAGAAGAAAUAAAGAAAAAGGAAGAGGCAAAAAAACAAGAAGAAUUAAGAAAGAAAAUGGAAGAACAAAAACGACUCGAACUUAAACGAAUUGCAGAAGAAAAAGAGAGAAAAUUCAAGGAACGAGUUGAAAAAGAAUCUCAAGAACUCAUAGAAGAACUUGUUAAUGAAUUAGAAGAAGAAACAGUCAGAAGUAUACUGAAAGAGGAAGUGGAGGACUUUAACAAGUUGCUGUCAUACGCACGCGAUUUUAAUGAAAAUAUAACUAUGGAAUUGCUAAACGAAAUAUGUACAUCAGAAUUAAAAGCUGAAAUAUUUAGAACCAAUAGGAUUAUGAAGAAAUGGUAUUAUAUUUGGCGUAAACAUUUUAUGAGAAAUUUCAAACGACGCAGUCUUCUAGACGAUACGCCAUUGUGGUUGCCAGAUAGAAGUCCGUUACAGGAAGCGAGAUUAUGGAAAAGGCGGUCGGAGAAAUCUGCCCUGGAUAAUAUGAAUGCUAUUCACAGAGGAUAUAAAUUUGUUGGUGAAUUGAAACAACUCCCUACUCCUAAGCAAUAUAAUUUACUAGAUAUAAUAAGGUCGCCUCUUAUAAAACGUAUGAAACAAAUAGAAUAUCCCUACGACAAGUGUUUCUUUUGGAAAGCUUUAGUAGUAUCUCCUGGAGCUAAUGAAUAUUUACAUAGAAAAAUAAAUGUUAGAAAAUGGAUUCAAGACGUCUUUAGCGAUGGGAGACGGCAUGAUAUAGGCGAUGGUUUGAUUCACGUGGAAAAAGAAUCGUGGAAUAAAUUGAUGGACUUUGCUAUAUCUAUUAGUUUAUUAAAUAAAGAUACCUUACAAGAGUCUAAUGAAGCUUUAAGUGGCGCAAAUGGUAUAUUAGUAUACGUUACAGAAAAUGAUAGCAACAUUGACUCAAUUAUUGAGCUCAUAAUGAAACAGAAGCAUCAAUAUCAAAUAAUUCCCAUCGCAGUCAUUAUGCCAAAUAAAACUAUUAUAGACAGGAGAUGUCUAGAAGAAAAAUUUACGUUUUGGCUGAAUAACAAUAUCAUAUCAGCAUAUAGAUUUUUUUAUGUGGAUUCUAUGAAUGUUGACAAAUCAAUGGAUUCUUGUACUAAAAGCGCUUUAAAGUGGCUAUCCAGAAACUAUCCAAAACCUCCACCUCUCGAGAUAGAUUAUCUCAAAUCUAUCUGUCAAAGAUAUCUUGGUAAUGAUAUAUGGGCUAGGUUGAAGUCGGAUAAGGAUCAUAGGACUAAUUACGUACUUAAAGAUUUACAAAAACUAGUAACCUGUUACAACAAAGCAGUUGACAAGUUAUGUAAUGUUAUAACCAAUGAAGACCUAUUUAAUUAUCCUUCAUUUCCUCUAGAAUUUGUCAAGUAUUUAGAUAGCUCAUCCCCAUAUCCCAAGCCAUUU